UCCGUAAACAUGAAACAGCUGACUGUUGCGCGGGUUGCACUGACAAGAUGCUCUCUACUGUCACAUCACAUACCAAAAGCUAGGAUUUUAUGUUUAGUGGAGAAUGGAAGUGUGCUGUGAAUGACUGUUCAGAAGCUAUGGUAAAAUUGUUAGGGUCGGUGUACUGAAGUGUACGUGGCAAAUAUGAAAGAACACGCGUCCAUAUCGUCAGUGUAGAUAUGAGUCUUUAUCGCACCUUCAGCGGAACGAUUUCAGUUUCUGUCGUUGUAAUUCCGUAUCUGUGAAAGCGUUACUCCCCCGUGAAUGGUUUUGGAUAAAAUACGUCACGGCUGACUGCGCCUUGCAAGGUGGCAAGACAGUAAUUACGAACUGAAAAUUGUGGAAUGCCAUGGAUGCCUGAUCCGUCAGAUUUCAGAUUGAGGAGUCACUUAUGGACUUCAUAACGGAACCUUUUGAAAAUUUCUACGAUGUGUUUGAGGAUAUUGGAAAGGGCCAAUUUGCAGUGGUGCGACGAUGUCAAGAGAGGUCAACAGGACGGCAGUUUGCUGCCAAGUUCGUCAGAAAACGUCGAGUAUGUCGAGGAGUAUCCCAGGAAGACAUACGACGUGAAGUGCACCUCUUGCGUCGCCUGGCUGGCCAUCCACACCUUGUGACAUUGCACCAAGCUUUUGACAGUCCUCGACAUGCUGUCCUGGUUCUUGAGAUGCUGGAGGGUGGAGAACUGUCCUCUCUCCUAGAAUCUCGUGGUCACUUGGAGGAAACUGAAUCAGCUUAUUGUGCUCAUCAAAUACUACUUGCAUUACAACACAUGCACAGUCAAAAUAUCGCUCAUCUUGACCUCAAGCCUGAAAAUAUACUGCUCGUUGGUGGAGGACUACAGCUGAAACUGGUGGACUUGGGACUUUCACAAGAACUUGAGCCUGGUACACAUCUACGAACCACUCUGGCAACCCCAGAAUUCGCAGCACCUGAGAUUGUUGCUUACGAACCUCUCUCCUUAGCUACUGAUAUGUGGGCACUUGGUGUCAUCACGUAUCUCAUGCUGAGUGGAAUAUCUCCAUUUUUGGGAGAAGACAAGCAGGAGACUUACUCUAAUAUAGCCGCUGUGUCAUAUACGUUUGAGGAAAAUGCUUUUUCUCGUGUCUCAACAGCUGCCAAAGAAUUUAUCACCAAACUCCUUUUAAAAGAUUCUUCGAAAAGAGCCACUGUUACACAAUGUCUAGAUCAUAGUUGGAUUCAGGCAUGCAGCUUAAGCUUGUCAAUUGUAAAGCCUAAAAUAGAAGACAAUAUGAGGAAAGUGACAUUAAAAACUAAAAAACAUUGGAAGCAAUCACUUCGUGCUGUACAACUCUGCCUGCGGCUGCAGGCAACUGGCGGUGAUUGCAGUGUAUAUACUGAUGAUGGCGAUAAUUUUGUUGUGUCUGCACUGAACAGUGCUGCAGCCUCUGGUAAUGUGGAAGGUCUUCAAAAAUUAAUGAGUCUUACAAAAAUCAGUGUAAAUGUCUCCAAUAAGGAGAGAGUCAGUCCUGCACAUGUGGCAGCAGGCUGUGGACAAGUAAGUGUUCUGGAGUUACUAAACACAUCUGGAGCGAAUCUACAGGCCAAAGAUGACUCUGGUGACACACCACUGAUUUGGGCAGCUCGUCAUGGACAAGAAGAUGCUCUGAGCUUUCUUGUCAAUGCUGGAGUCAAUGUCUCAACACAAAACUUAGAUGGUGCAACAGCAUUACAUGAAGCAGCAUUACAUGGUCGUACAACAUGUGUACGUCGACUGAUUGCGUGCCCUGACAUUUCACUUGAUAUUCCAGACUGUAAUGGCCGAACACCACUUCAUGUGGCUUUGGCCAGUGUUCGUGAGGACUGUGCAUUACUGCUCUUGCAUGCUGGAGCUGAUGUGGAUAUGUGUGAUAUGGAGGGUGAUGCACCUAUUCAUCUCGCUUCACGGACUGGCCUGCUGACUGCUGCUCAAACUCUGUGUGCUUUUGGUUGUAUGGUUGAUAUUGCAGAUGCAGAUGGCCUGUAUCCUAUUCAUUUAGCUGCACGCUAUGGCCAUGGAGAAGUUGUUAGAUGUUUGUGCCUUGCUGGAUGUAAUACUGAUCAGAAGAAUACUGAUGGAAUACGAGCUGAAAUAACAGCUUUAAAACAUGGUUUCAAUGAUGUCGCUAACCUUCUUGCUAAACUUAAAAAUAGGGAUGAACUGAUACGGCAGUUGAUUCCAACUUCAAAACCCCCAUCUCGACUUAGUGUAAAGUUUCUAGGACGCACCGGCUCAGGCAAGACAACACUCAUUAGUUCUCUGACUGCUGGUCUCAUCACAGGCCUUCUUCGAAAAGCUAGACUGUCUCCUUCUUCAGCACCAUCCCGUACAGGUUCAACAUCACCAGGAAGCAAAAUGCAAAUAGAAAUGGAUGUAACUUCCUGCCGUGGUCAGCCUGUCUUUGAUGUCUACAAUGAACAUUAUACAAGAGGAAUUGAUGUACAAGAGGUCUCAGUCUCUGGUUGUGGUGGUGAUUUGACGUUAUGGGAACUUUCUGGACAAGAGACCUAUUUUCUGAUAUACCAUCAUUUCCUAGGCUCAACAGCUUGUCUUCAUGUUGUAGUUUAUAGUCUGGCUGACCCACCAAGUGCUCAGCUUGAGCAGUGUCUCUUCUGGCUUACCUUCCUCCAGGCACGCACAGUACCACCACUUGAACCACUUGGUGAAGGAGGUGUAGCUGGACGACUUCCCCUGGUACUCCUUGUUGGCACACAUGCAGACAUGGCUGGGCGAUACGCAGAUUCAGCUGCAAGACGUUUAAUUACUCAGCUUCGCACAAGGUUCCGACUGCAGCUAGAAUUGCUGCCUCAGCCAAUUGUGUUAGAUGCUCGCAUUCCUGGUAGCCCAGGAAUACGUCAACUAGAGGCAGCCAUAGCAGGAGUGAGACAGCGAUUGUUGCAGGAGAUUCCACGCUGGACAGGAUUCCUCGAGGCGUCCCUGUCAUGGUUAUCACAAACGCGUCGCCUGCUGCCCUUUCCAGUGAUGCCUUGGUCUCAGUUUGUUGCUGCUGUCCGUGACCGUGUCAAUCCCUUGGCCGGAGAAGAACAUUUGCGUGAGCUGGCACACCAACUAGAAGUUACUGGAGAGAUAGUCCAGCUCCGUACUCCAGCUCAAGAUGAAUUGGUGGUUUUGAGCCCUCGCUGGCUGGGUCAGUUAAUAGGCCAGUUACUUUCACCAGACUUCCUCGUGAAAGCUCGUACAACGGGGUGCUAUUCCUCUCAUGACUUCCAAGCAGCUGUUCCGCAGCUACCUGCGUCAGAUGUACUGCCAGUAUUGGAGGCCCUAGGGCUUUGCGCUCGGUGUUACGAAGAUGAAGACAUUGCUGGUGAAUUUGAAGAUUGUGAUUGUAGUGGAAGUGAAUGUGAAGAUCCUACUGUAAAGUCCAGCUGUGCCACUUACUUAGAACCAGAACCAGAAUUUGAAUUUCCAUGUUUCAAUUUUGUUGAGACUUUAGAUGGUUUGUGGGAUGCUCGCUACCAUGCCACUUGCUACGGAGGCUUACGCCUUCGUGCACCUGCUCCUUCAUCAUGUCUGCUACGCUGUCUGUUUCCCCGUUUCCAGGUUCAACUGAGGCGUUGCACACAGCAGUUAAGUGAUCCAGAUACAGACCUCUACCAGUGGAUGAAUGGCUCAAAACUUUGCACAGGAGCAGUUGAGUCUCAAGCAAUCCUAAUUGAUGAGAUGGAGGUUGAUGAUGACAGUGAUGAAGAUGAUGAUAGUGACAGCAAGAGUGGCUUAGGUCAAGAUGAAUGGCUUGAACUGAAGGUGCGGGGACCUCCAGGGUCAGCUCUGGCUUGUUUCUGUUUGCUAGAAGAGCUGCUGGCAGUUAUUGAUCAGGUUGUGAGUGAAGUUAGCCCUGGAAUGGCACUGGAGAAGCAUGCAUUGAGCCCUGCCCAACUCCGUUGUCAUACCAGUGAUCCCUAUUGCUGGGCCCCAGAACAGCUCAUGAAGGCUAUACUGAAAUCUGGUCUCAGUACUUCAUUGCGCAAUCCACGAACUGGGGGAAGUGAGUCAUUGCUUGACAUUAUUGGUUUUGGAGAACCAGAAGUCUUGCAGCUGCUUGUGACAGCAGACAGAUUAUCAGUAUCAGCACUUUCAACAUUGUGUCGCCAGCGUUUGUGUCUUCUGUUAGAUCCACCUGAUCCUCUUGGACGUGACUGGUGUCUCCUGGCUGUGCGUUUAGGUCUACUUGAUGAACUUGCUCAUAUUGAUGGAUCAGCCUCAGCUGCCUCUGUGUCACGCACAGCAGCUCUUCUUGAUGCAUGGGGAGGAACAAUAGGCCAGUUGAUAACUACACUGGAAGAACUCGGCCGUCAAGAUGCAGUUGCAGUGUUGCUAAAGAAUGCCCCCUUGUAUCGCAUUACUUUGUCAUGUCAGUCACCAGCAUCUUCUGACUCAAGUUCACGACUGUCUCGCUGACCACAGCUGUUACCUAAAUCAGUUAUAUAUGAUCUCACAACAGUAAUGUUGCAUUAGCCCUAAGGAAUUGUAAGGGCUUGUAAGAAGUAUUGUUGAUUUACUGCACUGCACUCAGAGAGGCAGGGUUUGGUGUUGUACACUCUCUGUUGAGGAUAAGUUGUGUGAUGUUGUACAGUGCUGGUCAUUGAAGUCACUUUGUUUCUCUUUCUUCUGGAAAUAUAAGUAUUGGUAUUUGGAAAAUGCAUAGAUCACAGUCCUUGAAGGUUCUACCGAACAACAUAAAUUUUUCUAGAAAAAAAAACAAGAAUUUAGAAGUCACUCAAACUUAAGUUAUUAGACUUUUGUUAGUCUACUGAGAUUGAGAAACAGGCCAAGGUAGAAUAUGGGACUAAGAGCAGCAGAUCAUGAAGCUGAAUGAUAAUGAAACAGCAUCAUUUACAUUAUAAUUUGUGGUGCUGUGAUCUUUGACAUAUUGCAUAUUUAUGCUUGUAGAACUCAUUACGAUUUCAUUUACAUACAAGCAUUCCUGCAUGUGCGUUUAUAGACAAGUAAACCUUUUUACUGUAAGAUAUAGCUUUCUGUCUGAUUUAAUAAUGCAUUUUCUUGCCUUUUCUGGCAUGCUUCCUGUUCUCUUCUCCCCUGUUUUCUUUGCUUUAGUGUUCAUCUUUUGUCAGUAUUGUUGUGCUGCUAUCUGCUCAAUAAUUUAUGUGGAAACAGUAUUUUUUCCUUUCUAAAUAAUCAUCUUUAUUUGCAUUAUUGUUCUUCUAUGCAGAUAUAGUUACAUAAUGAGGAUAGCGUCUGUAUUUUAUUAAAUAGGUGUACACAUUGUAAGAAAUGUCGUCUGCCAAUAUGUUACCUAUUUUUGUUGUAUAAACUUUUAUUUCAAUGCUUUAUUUUUAGUUACUAAUUUUGUUGACUGUGGUAUUUAAAAUAAUCUUGUGUAAGUAUUGAAACUAUUCUCUGUUUCUAUAAAUUUACUAAGUGUAUAAGUUUCAAGAUUUUUCAACAAAACCACGUAAACAGUCCAUACUAAUGAUAAAGUUCCUCCAGUGAGGCAUUGGCUACCAGUAGGACUGACUAAAGUCACAAAUUGUUCUUUGGUCAGCAAGAAUUUUUGCAAUAUUAGUUUUAGAAGAGGAGCUGCUACAGCUUUGUAUGAGACAAUAUGUUUUAAUUCUUUGCAUGGAAUACCAUGGGAUGAUGUAUAAGAAUGGAACUAAGAGGAGCAAUAGGUCAAAGGUAGGAAAGAGAGGAUGGAAACUUACACAUACUUCAUUCUGGCACUGGUUUUGUGCAGUACUUUAUUCUAUAACAUCAUCUCAUGUCUUAAAUACCUUUGUUAUAUCAUACACAGUACUCUUUCCAUUUACUGCAUUACUUUCUUUCUUUUUUUUCUUUCUUUCUUCUUUCUUUCUUUCUUCUUUCUUCUUCUUAGUCCAAUACUUCAAUACAUUCUUAAUCUUGCUGACAAGCUGUCGACUAUCUUUGACCUACCAUUCUGUUUGACUCUUCAGCCCUUUACUGUCUCUCAUCUUUCCAUACUCAUCCCAUGGGAGUAAAACUAAGUUUGUGGAACUCAGGGAAAUACUUAAUUUUAACUGUUGCAGUGAUAUGUGUGUAUAUGUCACUGUUAAAUUGUAUUAUGUUAAAUGUAUGGAUAUUUUGAGUUUUUGUUAAAUUUACAUUUAUUAAAUGUUUACUGUAAGAUUGCCUUCUCAAUUCAGUCAUAUUAUAAAAAAUAUUUUUGUUGUUUUGCUAUUAAGUCAAAGUACAAUGUAUUUUAUAUAAAAUAUUAUAUUUCUUGCAAAGGUUUGACCAGCAUUUCUUUGUGUGGGUUUUACUAUCAGCAUGAAAAUAAAUUUGGAUAGCACAGGUUACUUGAUUAAUUCUAUUUUAGUCAGCAUGUAGUUUUAUCAUUAAAAAUACUGACUGCAAGUAAAAAUUUCUAGAAAUAUGGAGCAACAUAAGCAAUUACAUGAUCAACAAAUCUAAUUAACCACUACUUAAGAUCUACAGUGGACGUUUAGGGACAAGUCUGAUGUCUGAGACAGAGUCACCAUAUUGGAUGACUCCAUGACUGAUGAUAUGCUUUCCGUUUUAUGGAUGUUAAAUAAUUCUUUUAUUAACAAUUGUUUCAUAUAGGCAAAAUUUUCUGCUGUUAAAAUAUUCUGAUCCUUGUUUGCAGAUGCUAACAUACUUGGGAAAUCAACAUUUUAGUCCUGUAAAUAGUGCCAAACUAAGACACUUCUGCUAAUCUCAUUUAUCUAUUAAAAUUUUGUUACUGGUGGUUUGCAGUUAGAUCCAUUGCAAUUUACAUAGCUUUUUGAUAGUUUUUCUAUAUUUAAUGAUGUUUCGGGGUGAUGUGAAGAAUAAAUUAACUCUUUGUUAUUAAAUCAUUAAUUUAUGUUUUGAUCCAUAACUCAUAACAAGUAAAUUUUAUUGGUCUGUUGUUGAUAGCUAUGUUACAAACCUGUAAACAUGAGAUACAAAGCAUAAGUUAUAAAUAUACUGUAGUAGCAGUUCCAGCAUUUGCUGAUCAAAAUUUCAACAAAACUACGUAUAUAAACAUAACAGUAGCUAGCAACCAGUGUAACUGUAGACAAAUCUCUUCAAUAAUAGCAGUAUUUCUGCAGAUUAUUACCAUCUUCUUUUCUUUCUGUGAGGGGUAAUGCCAUUAAUUCUUUCAGAUUUAUAUUUUUCAUGCCAUAUUGUAUAUGAUCUAUUUAAUUUUUAGAUUUGUAAUAUAGAAUUUUUAUUUUUAGUUUUGUACUAUUGAUGUAGGUACAGUCUGUGAUAGAAAACUGUCUGCUGGGCAAUAACCAAAGUGACCAAGUCAAAGUUGACUGUUUAAUGUGAGAUAAAUUUGACUGUUUUCAGAAUUCAAAGUCCAGCAAUACGUAAAAGCUAGCAACUGUAGGAUGCUGCAGUUUGUGGAACAAAUAGGGAAGAUGGGGCACAGUGUAAUUGAAAAUUUGCUUUCUUAAAUUUUGAAAAUCAAGUUUGUGAAGACAUUGUUCUUUUUAUCUAUUUUUCUUUAAGGACUCUUCAACAAUCAUUUAAGGCUCACAGACUCAUUGUGCCUUUGAAACUGGCAUAUUUAUGGAGACUGUUAAGUAUGAGUGAAAACUGUUACUGUGUACCCCAGUGCAGGGCAGUGUAACACAUGUUGGGGGCACAGUGUAACAAGUAUGUACAACUAGAUUCAUGCUGGCAUUAGUUAUAUGAUUUAGCUGAUUCAGAGUACAAGCUACAAUUGAAUGCUAGACAAAGUUAAUAUUUAGAAUCUUUAAAAUUACCAUAGUGGCAAUUGGUGUGAUGACUUAGACUCAAAUUGAAGAGUGCCCCGUGCUACACUGUACUCAACCUUUUUCUGGUAUUUUACACUUGAAUUGCCCUUUGCUUUAAGUGAACAUGUGAAAUGAAGUGGAAUAUAGAGUCCACUUAUGGUUUAUUAUUUUGAUUCUGCAUUUUGUGUGUAUACUGAAAUUACAUAUCCCUUUUAAGCUCACUGACUUUCUGAAAUUUCAGCUGUUGCAAAUAUAUCCAGAAACAUUUUCAUAACAAAGUUCUUGGCUAGUUGUCAAUCCUGAAACAUUUUGUGCCUGUGUUCACCCACAACACAAUGGGUGCCAGUUGACAGUCAAUCGCUGCAGCUGCUGCUGGCAAAAAUAAAGUUAUUCAGUGCUUUGAGACUUAUUGUAAAAUGUUUAAUAUACACCAGCUGGACAGCAUGUUGUGCAUGCUAUGCAGAAAAGCAUAUACACUCUCUGAUCAGUAGAAUUCUGGAGAUAUGAAGCUAAUUAAAAAUAAUGUAAUAAGUGUUCUAAAACUGCCUUAAAAAAAAAAAAAAAACUUCAUAGUGUGGUUGGGUGCGAGAAGUCAGUGGCUACUAAAGCAGAUGUUAACAUAUUUUGACAUACAAAUGGCAAAAUUACUAAUGUGACAACCACCCAUGUAGCGAAUGACACAAGGAAUGCUGAAGUAUAUAACUUACUGUCCCUAGUAAAAUGGACCCACAAAUAAAAAUUAAUUACGUACCUACCAUGAUGAGCCUACAUCUUUUGAAAGAUAGAAAGAAAGUGUUGGUGAUUUAUUUGGGUAUAAUAUGCAACCAAUAGAUUUUUUGAAUUUUUGGUAUUAUUUAUUUUGUGUUCCAGUGACUAGUUUUCAAGCCACUGCAGGCUCACCAUUAGACGGUCAUUUUACAGGAACAUCAUAUGGACCAUGUGCAUUGACACACUGUGAUAAUGCUGCUGUUUAAAUUAAUAGAAAUUUAGUUACCAGUAACAAAAAGUUUGUGAAGUUUUGUUUCAUAAACUUUUUGUUACCUGUAGCUAAAUUUCCAUUAUGUCCAGCAUCACCACCACCACCACCACCACCACAUGUUCUAGAUUAUGUUCCUGUAACUUCACCCCCUGAUGAGCUUGCAGUGGCUUGAAACCUAGUUAAUGGUACACAAAAUAAAUAAUAUCAAAAAUUCAAAAAGUGUCUAGUUACAUAAUACCUAAAUAAAUUGCCAGUUUAAAUCACAGUUGUGUUUCACCAUCCACAAUGGUUGUAGUGAAAGAAAGUGUAACUCCAAAAACUGGAAGCUGGGCCUGGCACCAUGCUGUGAAAAGAAUGGUGGCCUUGACUGUUAUUUGCCCCUUUCCCCACAGAAAAGAUCUUUAAUCAAACUUUAAAUGACUGCAUUUAAGAAAACUUAAGAAAACCUCUCUGCUGCUGAUCUUCUUGUAACAUUUAUUCAGUAUCUUUACAGAUACCUGCUUUAUGAAUGUUAAAAAGAAAAGUCCCUCUAAAGAUUAUAAGGUACUGAUAACUACAUUGAUUGCCAUUUUUCUCAUUGUAGAGAAGCAGUCACCUUGGGAAAAAUGUAAAAAGAAAUACACACUGUUUAUUUUUAUGCCUCUGCGAUAAAUCUCGAGAUCUAAAAAGUACAAGAGAGUAUAAUUAUAGAUGUUUUCUUAUCUGUAUUUUUGUUUUUUAUCAGCCUCUAUAUACUCAGUUUUAUUCAUUAAGGUGCACCACCAAAUUAUUAGUAACUUCGGUUUAUUUCUGCCUACCCUCACUGCAAUUUUCAUCAUUUUCAUAGUGUUUGUGAAAUGCUACUUAUAUGUGAUGGAGGACUGCACAUAUAGAUUAUCUAUUUCAGAAUAAAAAGUUCCUACAUGUUUCUGUUCUGUAAAAUUUUACGCAAGCUCAUUUAGCAAUAAAUUUUUUCUAUCAUUAAAAUAAAAUUUCAUGGUACACUAAUUACAUUUUCAUCACUGUGUUGAAAUUUUCUGACCACAAAGUUUCAUCUCCUCCCAAAACAAGUAGGUUUUGACAAAACACAGAUUUUAUGUUUUUGUUGGCAUUUGUUAUGAAGCCAGCAGCUUAUUACACAGUAGUAAAUCUGAAAACUAAAAAAACAAAGCAGAAGAAUAAGGACAUACAUAGAUACAUAGAUCAAAAUAACCCAUCAUUAUAACUGCCUAAAAAUAUAAUGGUGGUAAUUUUCAUAAGGUAAAGAUUAAACUGUACAUACAUAUGUCACUACCUCUUGAAAUGAUAAAUGAUUUUGUGCAGAAGCUACCCAUGGGAAUAGAAACUUAAUGUGCAGGUUACAAAUGCUUGAAAACACGAAGAUGAUUUUGUAAGUUUUUUAUUUUUCUUUGUGAAGAUAAUGGUGACACUAGUCAUAUGUCUAUUAUAUCACAUUAUCUUAAUAUCUUCAUAACUUCAUUAAGAAAAAUGAAAUCAGAUGGCCUGUGUUUUUCCAUCAAAUUUACACUGCAUGAAGAUCGCUAGGUAUAUCACAGACAUUUUCUGUGAGAACUCGCAUAUUAACAAUGACUAACAUUAUUAUUUUGUAACUGAAAGCAGUAGCAUGCUGUGUAGGACAUGACAGUUGCUGCUUUAUGAGGAGAAUACAUGGGUGAUUGUCAAGGCACUGUGUCGGGGGGUAAUCUCCUGAGCAUGAGAUGUUCAUAUGUGGAUGACCAGACACAGUUCGAUUGUGAAAAUAUUUCUGGAUAAAUCUGCUCUUACUGAAAUAACCUUUCACUGUAGCUGAACUUAAUUUAAACAUAGAUCUUUAUUAUGUAGUAUAAAAAAAUUAUACCAGGAGUGACCUCAUAUGCUAGCCAUCAUGUUUCUAUUUUACCCAGGUAUCCACUUCACUGUGAGCGUAUACAGAAAACUGCAGUUUUGCUAGCUGUUUUAAUUCUUGGAUUGGGAAGACAGUUCACAUUUAAUGUCAUUAUGGACUUAGUCACUGAAACUGGCAGUGCAGUUCUUUUUUUCCUCAAAGACUGUAUAUGGAAUUCUGUAGGCAGUGAAUUCUGUGUUCAAUAUUCCUUGCACACAUCGAAAAUUUCCAGUUUCCUGUGUGUUUCACCUGUGUGGGGCAUAAAAUGUCACAAAAUUCUAAUUGUUGAUGCUCAAACAUUUUGACGUGACAAAGUCUGUUAUUUAUUGUAGUAAUUCGUGUUGGACAUUUGGUCUAAUAAAUUGAGGAAACAUUUAAAAGUCAUUCUCUUGUGAUAAACAUAUCAUAAAGUUUACUAUUUACAUUGUGUAGCACUGAUUACAGUUUUUACUUAAGUUUUCUUGUAUUGAGAAUUGUGACAGUUGUGAAAAUGACUUGUUGAAAAUGAUGACAUUCAUUAAUGUGAUGUGUGAAUGUGCUGUUGCAUUUGAGUAAUACAUACAUGAAUAUGUCACCUACAAGAUGACUAAAAUAUGAAGAGUGUUUGUUGAUGUCAUUAUUAUAUAUUUAUAGAAAUGUGAUGAAGCAUGUAAAUGACUGGGUGAACAUUCAAAAGUUGAGUGAACGUGAGUUGGACCACUGAUUACUUAUGUAAACUUGUAAGGAGAUAAAGAGAAUGAUACUUUUUUAUUUGAGCUCUGAUGCUUAAAUGCACUCUGUGAUAUGAUUAUAUUUAUUCAUUUGUUUUGUAAGUGCUUCUGCCUUUUCUCCUGUUAUAUAUUAAGUAUUGUGGCUGCAUCUUAAAAGACAGAGUUCUGUACCUCGCACAUUGUACAUACAAAAAAAUGUUGUCUGUCUUUGAGAUUUCUUUUGUACUUACAAUGUUCAUAUAAAUAUGUAUGGUUUUGCA